UGUGUCACAUUGUAUUUCAUUUCCUGGUAGGAGCUGUGUAAAUGUGUCUCUUUAUAUGUGCAGUUUAUGCCUGUGUAUGCUUCACGUGACCUAAUUUGAUUUAUUUCACUGACAGCUGCCUGUGUAAAUACAUUGUAUCAAAGCUGAUACCACCAAAUAUUCUCUGAGCACAAAUCCCUAUUAACCAAAUGGAAUCAUAACCUUAUGCCAUAGAAUUCUGCAGUGAACAAGUGGGGAAAAAAAAUCGAUUUUCCUUGUUGCGGGAUCAUAAAGCACAGAGGGUUAUACACCACCUAACCAUGGCUGCCUUUGGAGAGAUGUACAGACUAUUAGCAGUGUUUGUUGUCCUGUGUUUUACCUUGCCAGGAGUUGAUGCUUUGGACGAAGGAGACGUGAUUGCUGUUCUACUUGGAGUGGUCAUAACUGUACUUGGCUUUUGUGCAUGUUUGGGGUACUAUGCAAGAAAACGAGAAGGGCAACUAUAAUCUUUGUUUUUGCUAGAUUUUGUUUUGUUUUUGUUACUGAUGCUUGCAACCCAAUGUUCUAAUUUUUUGUUUUGAUUGUUUUUUUUGUUUUUCACAACGUUUUUGCAUUGACAGCGACUGCAAAUGGAAUGGCAUCGCACAUUAUGUUUCCAACUUUAUAUUAAAAUUUCUGUGAGCAGCAAUCCAGUUUAAGACUUUUUUUGUUUCCCCAUUACGGUAACACUGACACUAAAUCUCCUUUUUAAUAAAUUGCAAUGCGCUGGACUAAACCCACACAUAAAAAACAGGAUAAGGAAUUUAAAGAAGGUUUAAAUUCAAAGCUAGUUUUGAUGGGAUCAAAGGCUCUCGGCAGUGAUAAUGCAUUUAACAAUUGACUAUU